AAACGCUAAAACCCAACAAUUUCUCCUGCUAAAACCCUAGCAGUAAGUUCCAAACUUUCAGUAGCAGGCUAGCAGCAAAUUUGAGAAAAUUGCAGCACACAACAAUGGAGAAAACUUCCCAAUCUCCAUACCCAUUAUUAAAAAUAGCAGAAAUACAAGGAAGAGGAAGAGGACUUAUUUCAACUCAACCCUUAAAACCUGGCCAAGUAAUCCUCAAAGAUUCCCCUCUCCUUCUUUACUCUGCAUCUCCUUUGAUCCCCUCAAACAAUACUUUUUGCUCAAAUUGCUUCAAAAUAAUACUCCAAUCUCCAAUCCCAUGCCCAAUGUGCACAUUUUCAGCUUUUUGUACCUCUAGUUGUCAAUCCAUAGCUUUAUCCUCUUCUCACACUCCUUGGGUUUGUCAAUCUUUAACCCAACUCCGUAAUAUCUUAUCUUCUCAUAACCUACUAAUAGACCAACAAAUUCAAGCUCGGUUUUUAAUCUCUGCUUAUGACUUAGCACUCAUUUCUCCUUCCUCUUUUCGUGUUUUAUUAUCCCUUCAAGGCGAUCCGUCUUUUAUUUCUGAAAAUGAUGCUCUGUUGCUUCAUUCCCUCGUUGCUACGCUCAACCCGCCUACGAGUGAAUUUGGGUUCUCAAAAGAGCUUACUGCUGCUCUUUUGGCUAAGGAUAAGGUAAAUGCAUUUGGGUUGAUGGAACCUUUUGAUUCUAAUAAAGAAAGGGGUGUUAGAGCUUAUGGUAUUUAUCCUAUGGCUUCGUUUUUUAAUCACGAUUGCCUUCCGAACGCGUGUAGGUUCGAGUAUGUUGAUAGUGAUGUUAGUGAUAGGAGUAAUGUUGAUAUGAUUGUUAGGGUUAUUCAUGAUGUACCCGAGGGAAGAGAGAUUUGUUUGAGUUAUUUCCCUGUGAAUUUUAAGUAUUCCGAUAGGCAGAAGAGGUUGAAGGAGGAUUAUGGGUUUAUAUGUAAUUGUGAUCGGUGUGUUGUCGAGGCUAAUUGGUCUGAUCACGAUGAUGAUGAUGCUAUGGAUAACGAGGGCGAGGAAAAUGAGGAUGAAGAGGAUGAAGUAAUGGAGGAAGAAGUGGAUGAUGAAGUAAAUGCAAAUGAUGAGGUGGAGGAGGGUGAUCAAGAUUUUCCUCACGCGUAUUUCUUCAUGCGGUACAUGUGUAAUCGAGAGAAUUGUGGGGGUACAUUGGCUCCGUUGCCUCCCUCUGAUGCAUCUCUGUCGACAGUUAUGGAAUGCAAUGUUUGUAGUAAUUUGAGUAAAUGUGAUGAGCUUAUGGUUUAGUGCUGGGGACCAUCGAUUCCUAUCAAGUAUACCACAUUUUCCAUAUUAGUUAGGUUUGUUUUUUCUUAGAAAUUUGAGCCUUCGCGUGAUGAUUUUUGCGCUUAUGUUGAGUUGAUAAACACCUAUUUGAUGAGCUUUAGUUGUAGCUAAAACUUCUUUACCCUUUGUCUUUGGUACUCGUCUUGGUUUUCCUUUUUGUUAGUCUCGAGCAAGUGCCAAAAUGUUGGCUUGUGAUCUCCAUAUUUUUCAUAUAUAGACGGUAUACCUUUGUUUGAGUAACAUGUACUUCUCUUGUAAGCAUUUUAACAAUCAAUUAAUCAACCAGCCACCUUUGAAUUGGGUGCGGCUAUAUAAAUCAUCUGUACCAUUUCCGCU